AUGAGACAAUUAUUGUUACUUCGUCGUUCGUUGAUAGCUGUACGAUUUUCAUCGUACUCCACCUCGUCUAAAGCAACAAUAUCUCAUGACUUGCCAAACACUUCUAUACCUACAGAAAAUGUUGAUAUUACCAUUGCUGGUGGUGGACUAGUUGGAAGUGCUAUGGCACUUGCUUUUGCCUCAUCACCCAUAUUUAAAAAUCAUAAAAUUGUUCUUCUGGAAUCUCAAUCGAAACUUCCGAAGGUUUCUAAAAAUCAAUCAUAUAGUAAUCGUGUUUGUGCUCUUAAUGCUCAAUCAAUAAAUUUAUUUGAAAAACUUGGAACAUGGGAUCUAAUGAAAUCUAUACGUGUUCAAAAAGUAUCUCGAAUGCAGUCCUGUUUACUUGAACGAUUAAAGCAAUUUAAUAUUGAGCCAAGACUUAAUUCAAGAGUGAAAAGUUUUGAAAAUGAGGAAAAUUCUAUUCGUAUUAAAUUACAAGAUGAAAAAAUAAAUCUUCGAACAGGAUUAUUAAUUGCAGCUGAUGGUUAUCAAUCAAGUAUUCGAGAAAUGGCACGUAUUCCAACCAUGCAAUGGAAUUAUGACCAAUUUGGUAUUGUCGCUACACUUCAAUUAGCUGAUAAUAUGCCAGAUAAUAUUGUUGCUUGGCAAAGAUUUUUACCAACAGGUCCAGUUGCUUGUUUACCAUUAAGCAAUACACAUAGUUCACUUGUAUGGACUGUACCAAAAUCAAUGCACAAAACAUUGAUGAAUUUAUCUGAUGAACAAUUUGUCGAUGAAGUUAACAAAGCAUUUACAUCUGAUGUUUAUAAACAAAAUGGAAUUAUUUCAAUAACAGAACGUUUGCGAUCAUAUUGGCAACAAGUAAUACCAGUUUCAUCAACAUUGCUGCAAUAUCCACCAGUUAUAAUUAAUAUUCAACCAAAAUCAAGAGCGGCAUUUCCGUUAUCACUUCUCAAUUCUAAUCAAUAUGUUGCUCCUCGUUUAGUACUCGUUGGAGAUUCGGCUCAUCGUAUACAUCCAAUGGCUGGCCAAGGAGUCAAUAUGGGCUUUGGUGAUAUAGUAUGUCUUAUGAAAAUACUUGAACAAGCUGUUCGAGAUGGUGCUGAUUUUAGUUCUUUAACCUAUCUUGUUGACUAUGAACGACAACGACAAUUGCAAUGCUUAGCACGAUUAUUAUCCAUAGAUUCAUUGAAUCGUCUUUAUUCAACAAAAUUUUCACCUAUUGUUGCUCUUCGAAGUGUUGGUCUUAGUUUUGUUAAUGAAUUUUCACCGCUAAAAAAAUUUUUUGCAAAACAAGCAGCAUACAGCUCUUAA